GGAAUUGAUUCACCGCCUCGUUCGAUAAUAGGGGUGAACUUUCGUUUCAUUCUCUCACUCUAGGCACAAACGUACUGCGAGAGCACCAUGCCUCCAGCUACACAGCUCAAUCAAUCGGCUUCUCCUGAGGAGGUGGCAGACGCGACUCACCCGGCCUUGCACCCCUCCGUCACCAACGUUCCAGUCACCCCCGCUCCCGGUGCAUUUGGUCAGUCCGCAUACGUUGAUUCGGAUGAGGAUGACAAACCCUCCAAGCAGGUCAACCCUGGCGCGCAGAAUACCUCCAAUCCAUACUUCCCACCCCUAGAGAAUGAUGGACCACGCUCGCCUUCUGAAGUUGCCGCCGGUGCCCGCUCGGGCGAAGAGUUGCUGCGUCGCCUUAGUUUGGUCCAGGACCCGGAUGCGAAGCCAGAUCUCGCAGAUACAGACCCACGAGCUGCUCAUCCCAGCCUUGGUCUGAGCGCGAAAAUCAUCAGCGCCACUUUUGCUGUCCCAUAUCACAUUGGAUACUCGGCGGGCAAGGAAUGGCAAUUAGAGCCCAGACGCGGAACUUCAGCCCUGUUCGAUUCGUUCAACCAUCUUGCUUCGGCAUCAUCUCCAUGGAACCAUACCCUCAUUGGCUGGACUGGUGAGAUUAACGAGAUUCAAACUGCUAAACCCGUCACAAGCCAGAAUUACAGGCCUGCGAACUCUUCACAACAGAACAAAGCGGCAGCUCCGAUACCCGUGGAUGGCAAGUGGACCCAGCCGCCGGCUCACGACGGGCUGCGCAUCGGCCGCGAGGACCGUCAUCGACUCGAAAGACAGCUCGAACGAGACAAUAACGGCAAGAUUGUUCCCGUCUGGCUUGCCGACGAUGUGGAUAAAGAGAAGGACCUCCUCAUCUUAAAGGACCAAUCUCGCUGGCGGCGAUAUGCCGAGCACGAGCUGUACACCCUCUUUCACUACAAGCAGAAUGAGCCAGCAGACGGUCGUGACGCGAGGUUGACGUGGGCAGAUUACUACCGCAUGAACAAGUUGUUCGCCGAUCGUAUCAUGGAGUAUUAUAGUCCUGGAGACAUUGUGGUCAUUCACGAUUACUAUCUUCUCCUGCUGCCCAGUCUCCUUCGACAACGUGUCCCAAACAUCUACAUCGGCUUCUUCCUCCACGUUCCGUUCCCCAGUAGCGAAUUCUAUCGUUGUCUCAGCAGGCGCAAGGAGAUUCUUGAGGGAGUCUUGGGAUCGAACAUGAUUGGUUUCCAGUCCUACAGCUACUCUCGCCAUUUCUCGUCCUGUUGCACCCGUGUUCUCGGCUUCGACUCCUCGUCUGCUGGCGUUGAUGCGUAUGGCGCACAUGUAGCCGUGGAUGUCUUCCCCAUCGGAAUCAACGCCGCCAACACCAAGAAGCUCGCCUUCGAAGACCCAGUCAUCGAAGAUAGGAUAAAGGCCAUUCGCGAGCUGUAUGCGGGCAAGAAGCUCAUCGUCGGUAGAGAUAGGUUAGACUCCGUUCGAGGAGUUGCCCAAAAGCUUCAGGCCUUCGAAAUGUUCCUCGAGAGAUACCCCGAUUGGCGCGGCAAGGUUGUAUUGAUUCAGGUUACAAGCCCCAGUGGGGUGCAGACCAAGCGUGGCGAGGACGAUGACAAUAAGAUUGUCACCAAGAUCUCGGAUUUGGUUGCUCGUAUCAAUGGCAAUUAUGGCUCCCUAAGUUUCACUCCGGUGCAGCACUUCCCGCAAUACCUUUCCAGGGAGGAAUACUUCGCUCUACUACGUGUAGCAGACGUUGGCCUGAUCACCAGCGUGCGUGACGGUAUGAAUACGACCAGUCUGGAAUACGUCGUCUGCCAGAAGGACAAUCACGGACCCCUCAUCCUAUCCGAAUUCUCCGGAACUGCAGGUUCCUUGCGCGGAGCCAUACAUAUCAAUCCUUGGGACUUGAGCGGUGUUGCGAGGGCAAUCAACGACGCUCUCACUAUGCCCCAGGACACCCGCAAGGGACAGUUCAAUGGCCUAUACGAAUAUGUUGUGGCCAACACUGUGCAAACGUGGACAAAUAGCUUCUUCAAGCGAUUAAUGACCAACCUUGCAUCGUUUGAUCAAUCUUUCGCCACCCCUGCCCUGGAUCGAGCCAAGCUACUGUACCAAUACCGCCAGGCGACUAAACGACUUUUCAUGUUCGACUACGAUGGUACUUUGACACCGAUUGUCAAAGACCCGUCGGCAGCUAUCCCCUCUGACCGCGUCAUCCGCACUCUCAAGACACUAGCCUCAGACCCUUCCAAUGCUGUCUGGAUCAUCAGUGGAAGAGAUCAAAAAUUCUUGGAUGACUACAUGGGCCACAUCCCGGAACUCGGUCUCAGUGCAGAACAUGGCAGUUUCAUGCGUCAUCCUCGCACCGAAGAUUGGGAGAACCUCACUGAAAAAACGGAUAUGAGCUGGCAGAAUGAAGUGCUUGAAAUCUUCCAGCACUAUACCGAGAGGACACAAGGAUCUUUCAUUGAACGCAAGAAGAUCGCGUUAACAUGGCACUACAGAAGAGCCGAUCCGGAUUACGGACUGUUCCAAUCCAGGGAGUGCCAGAAACAUCUUGAAAAGACCGUGGCCAAGAAGUACGAUGUUGAGGUCAUGACAGGCAAGGCCAAUCUAGAGGUACGCCCUCGCUUUGUCAACAAAGGCGAGAUCGCGAAGCGUCUAGUUCAAGAAUACGGGAGCGAGGAAGGCGAUGCUCCGGAGUUCAUACUCUGCCUGGGCGAUGACUUCACGGAUGAAGAUAUGUUCCGAUCCUUGCGCCAAGCACGAUUGCCAACCGAUCACGUAUUUUCCGUAACAGUCGGUGCCAGCUCGAAGCAGACUCUAGCAAGCUGGCAUCUUGUCGAGCCGGCGGAUGUCAUUUCUGUGGUAUCCUUGCUGAACGGCUCUACCGAUGCAGGCAAUGCGGGAGCAGUGGCAGUUGUAGAGGGGUCCGUCGGAGACACACGCGUCUAGAGCGCCGCAACUGCACGACCUAAAAGUAGAACGAAGGAGAACGUUCGAAGAGAUACUUGUGGACUGUGGAUUGUUCACCCAAGGGUUGGGUGGACAGGAGAGCAUGUUUGCAUGUUUGCAUGGAGCCUGGAGUCCGGACGGGAUG